AUCAAACCUCCCAGCUACUUCAGGCCCACCAUUCUCCAGCCUUCUCAUCUUCUUCUCCUUAUAUAAAUCUCAAACCAUUAGCCCAUCCAUCCAUUCAUCCACAUACAUCCAUCCAUGGAUAUGGACUGGUUCUCAUGGCUAUCGAAAACGGGCCUCGAACCGACGCUCGUCUACGAAUACGGCCUCGCCUUUGCCCACAACGAGCUCGAGGAGGACGACAUUGCAGACUUCAACCAUGACUUCCUCCAAAGCAUGGGCAUCUCUAUAGCCAAACACAGGCUAGAGAUACUCAAGCUGGCCAAGAAGGAGAAGGGAGUGGUCCGGCGGCCGCCAAUUUCAAGGCUUGUCACUAUGAUCAAGAAGAUUCAGAAGUGUAUAGUUAAGUAUGUACGUGUGUGGGCCUGCCGCAACAGCUCAGCAAUCAUGACAGUGCCGAGGAAGGCAUACGGGAAGCGAUGGAGGGGAGCGAUGCUGAGGAGGAAUAAGAGGAUGAUGAUCCUUAAGCAAAGGAGGUUGAUGAUCACUGAUGGUAGUCCAAUUGUUGGGCCCACGGCUGCGAGCGUCGUGAGCCCGAUAGUCUAUGAUCUUCGUUAUGAUGUCAAUGAUGGUGAGGUAGCUCGCAGUGUCCAUGGAAGUGAAAAGGACGGCGAUGAAGCGGGUUGGUCGAACCGGAUCGAAGAAGUCAGGUGGGCUUCGAUGUUUCACGACUUGAAGCCCACAUGAAGCUAUCUUUCUUCAGGCCCAUUGGGUUGGAGUACUAGACCCAGGUUCAAGACCCACUUAAAAAAUGGGCUCUACUUCCAUAUUAAGACCGACCGACCGGUCCCAAUUUACUAUUCCCUCGUGGUGGUUGCAGACCGGAUGCAGGCGUUAAUCUUGGGUCCAAAAAAUAAAGGGCUCAGUUUGGCUUAUCCGGCCCAGGCCCAGCAAAGGAAGCUUGGCUUAGGAGCAUGGUUAUAAGUCUUGCUUGAGUCGACUCAGUUGGACCCGGUCUGGUAUAACACCAUCACUCACUUGGAUGAGUCAUCCCUGACUCAGGUGAGGGCGAGUUGAUCUGAGUCGUUAAGUGUUUUAACCAUCCUUGGGAGUGUUUCAUACACUUUCUUUCGUGUUUU